AUGAGACUCACGGAUAUUCCUGCAUUUUUCACCGCUACACCGAAAACCGCUCCUACACCAGCAAUUGCUAUUUCGUCGGUGCCCGCAUUCAAUAAUACUAUUGCAGGUAAAGCGACACUAUCUUUACAACAAAGAUGGGCAGAACUUGAAUUGAAAUCCUCAGUUGAUUCCGAGAUACCAGUAGGUUUUAACCAAUACAAUUUUAAAACUAUGUACCGUAGCCAAAUUUUGCAGCCAUUGAUCCGUGAUAGCUACAAGAACUGCAUGGUCUACCAGAUAUUGCUCGAUGGGUGUAAGAUGACCGUAAUUUAUCGAACGCAAACCUACUUUUGCAUGGCUACCUUUCGGAGGAGAUCACACUGUAUGAUAAUGUUGCUUCUGUCCUGCAUAAAAUCACUUCUUUUUCUGUUGCAAAAAGCCAUUUGUCAAAAUAAAGUGAGAAAUCACGAUGAACACUUGGCGGAUGAAGAAAAGUACAAGACGUAUUGUGAUAUUCCAAUUGGUCCAAUUUAUAUAAAUGUGAAAUAUUUCCACAGCGGUAGCAUUCUUGGUCAAAAUUCCCACCUAUACUCUAGGUUUCUUAAAAAAGGGCAAUCAAAGUACAUUGAUAAAGAUGAUAAUGGCCGCGUUUUGUUUGACUUGAAUCACCAAACGACAAUUCAUUGUCACAAUUAUGAGAUUGCUGAAAAUGGUGAAACAUUCGUCUAA